AUGAAUUAUUACACUGUAGCUAGUUUGAGGAAGAAUGAUGUUAAACUUGUUAAAAAAUUGAUAAAGAAAGGUGCAGAUGUUAAUUUAGUUGCCAGAGGAGAUAGACAUUUUGAUUUUUAUGAAAACAGCGCGCCACCCAUAUUGUAUGCUGCGAACAACUGUAACGUCGACAUUGUAAAACUUCUCAUAGAUGCAGGCAAAACCAGCAUAGUUCGUAAGAAGAAAAACCUUAAAAUAUGCAUUAUCUAUAACGUAGUAUACAACUUUGAAGGAGUGGACAUUAACAAAUUCCAGGGAAUUCCACAAGAUAUCAAUUUACAGGAACCACCUGACGUACGUGCAAUCAUUUAUCCAACAUGUCUGAGUAGAUGGCAGGAUUUUGGAUUUACAAGACUUUCCUGUGGUCCACAUAUGCUUUUAAAAGUACUCGAGCAUUAUUUAAACGCUGGCGUGAAACUUAACACUACAUCUUGGGGACCAUGUCUCUUUUUAGGGAGAGGCAAGGUUUAUGAAGCAAAUCAGCCAACUACCUUAGAAAUAUGCGAACCGUGGUUUAUUUGUACAACAGCAAUACUGUUACUACAACAUGGAGUGGAUCCGAAAUUGUACAGAUUUAUAGAUGUUUCACGUCAACAAGAGUAACACUGCAUUUCCGCUCGACAAGAGAACUACUGUAUUGAUAAAAAGACAUUUUUUGCAACAUUUUUAGCUGCUGGAUAUGAUCUUACCGUAUCUGAUAUGAAUCGCUAUGAAAAUGAUCCCUUUAAGAGUGACCCUGACUAUCAAAUAGUGAACGACUUUGGAAGAACGCCAAGGUUAAAGCACCUUGCUCGAACACAAAUUCGGAAACAUAUCAGAUCCGUAAAUGAAGAUACAUCUGUAUUGCCGAUUAUCGACAAGUUAACACUUCCAACGGUUCUUAAAGAUUUUUUAAAAUUAUAUGACGUCAGUCCUGUCGAUUUGUCGUCAAUU